GCAAUCAAAAACGUAGCGUGAAAAAUGUAGCAAGCAAAGUAGCUAGCGAACACACGGUCGACAUCGACUUUGGGAUCUCUGUCGUCUGACGUUUGUGUGACAUGAAAAUUGAAGUUUUCUAUUUUUUCAUUUCGUGUGUAUGUAAUGCUUAUGGCGUCUUUUGAUGAAACCGAUAUUCGUUCCUGGGACGCUGUCGACGUUGAAAGCGAAUUCCAAGCCGAUUCUGCGUUGUUCAGGGACUCUACCUGUGACGAUUUGCUCGAAUUUGACGAGACAUUCAAGCCGUUGUGGCGAGUGGAUGCACGUCAGAUACCAGCUUGCCUGGAUCCUACGACCGAUGUUGAGGUCGGAAGUAACCAUUUAGGCGAUUCGCCGGCACAAAAUAGAACCGACGGAGCUGGAUCGUCUAGCUCCUCGCCACGAACAAAUACCACUUCAAGUUCCCGAAAGCGAUGGACUACAGAAGAGGAGGCACAGCUGAUACAGUGCAUGAAGGAGCACGGAAAUAAGUGGAGCAAAAUCGCCGCCAUCAUUCAAACCAAGAACACCAUUCAAGUCAAGACUCACGCUCAUUACUUACUGAAGAAAAAUACUCGGGCUGCCAAAGGUCAAGAGCCUGAUCAGAAUGCCGCUGCAGAUGACUCGGGGGCUGCAAGGGAAGCUGUCCGGUCUCCCAAAAAGUCCUCUGGUGUCAAAGCCAAGGCCCAGGCCGACGUAGAAGCCGAGGACAUCAUCGUGCUGAAGGAGGCUGAAGCCAUAGAGACGCUCAAGAACAAGUUCCCGGACAGUGAGAUUGUGAGCAUUGACAAGUCUGCAGAUGAGGAAGAUGACAUUGACAUAGACGUGGACACUGAUUGCGACACUAGGGGUUUCGAUGACGACGACGACAGAAGUAAUUCCGUAGGCGUCUCUCAUCUAGAACAGAGACCAAGUCUUGCUGACCUUGAAAUGGAGAGCCCUGCGAGUCUUCCGAAGGCUGGCAGGGAAGCCUCCAAACAUGACGAAGUUUCCACAAAAGAAGAGCCGGAAGAACAACUUCCCGUUGGUGAAGAGUCCGACGUUCCAACGCAAGAAGUUGUCGUCGAUGAGUCUUCAAUUAGUGAAGAAGAAAAAUCCAUCCAUGCCGAGUUCUUCAACGGUAUAUCCCAGUUUAAGACACCAGAGAGAUAUCUGAAGAUAAGAAACUUCAUUCUUGAAGCCUGGGCGAAUCAGAAGCCAAAGUACCUCAACAAGACUACGGUGAGGCAGGGUCUAAAGAACUGUGGGGAUGUCAACUGCAUCGGAAGGAUCCACGACUACCUUGAGCAGACGGCUGCCAUCAACUUUGGAUGCUCUCAAGUGACAUACAAGAAAAAGAAAGCCCCUUCCUCGUCGAAGAAAACUAAAGCGGCCGCCAAGCGGAAAGACCCCUUGCCAGAGGUGGAAAGGCCGCAGCGAAAGAGAGCAGCAAGCAUUGGUGCUCUGCUGAACGUCGACGUCAAGGGAGGAGGGGUCACGGUGGAACACAACUCGGGAGGCGGGGUCAUCUCGCAGACCCUUGUCCGUUCCAGAGCCAAAAUCCCCAAGCCGAAACAGAACCCUUUCAAGCUCAUUCCUUGCAGAACCUACGACGAUAACCAGGAGCCGUUCGGCAUCCACGUCUGCGUGUCUGCCCUGCUGCAAAUGGACAUCCACUCGCACCUCCUGGAGACGGAGGUGAUCGGACUCCUGGGCGGCUACUAUGACGAGCACCGGAGCUGCCUCGUCGUGUCUGCGGCCGAGCCGUGCGACUCGGUCAGCACUGGCCUGGAGUGCGAGAUGGAUUCAGUCUCGCAGACGCUCUCCAUGGAGUGCCUGAUGGGCAAGGGCUACGACGUGGUGGGCUGGUACCACUCGCACCCGACGUUCGUGCCCAACCCUUCGGUGCGGGACGUCACCACCCAGCGAGACUACCAGGCCAUGUUCUCGGGGCAGGGGCGCCCCUUCGUGGCGGCCAUUCUGAGUCCCUACCUCCCGCUCAACGCCGCCGCACCCCAGGCCACCAUCGCCAAGAGCCUUGUCACCAAGGCCAAGUGGUGGGUCGUGGGGGACGGCCACCACGGCGCUUCCGUGAAUGCGAGUAGCAGCGGGAGCUCCGUGCCUUACGGCUUCAGCCCUAAGCUCCUGAAGACGGACACCUCCUGUAUCGUGGAGGUCAGAAGGAGAAUCGACGACCUGGUCAAACGGAUAUCCGGCAACCCAGCAAGAGUGGGUCUCUCCAAGGCCUACCCGUGGUUGCCGCCUCUACACUAUUUGGACAAGAUGCUCACAAGUCUCCAGUUCCACCUCACAAACUCGGAAACGUCGGUCGAGGACGCAGCCGAGAUCCUGCAGGCGGUGCACGCCGCAUUUACCGAGCGCUAGCACGAGACAGCAGGCCAGUUUAUAUUGCUAAUUGAGCGUGUGUCGAUCUGAAACACUGUUACUCGAAACAUGUGGAGAAGACUGUUGUGGACAGUGCAAUGGAGUUUGUGGCCACAGUAUUUGGUAGCGAGCUUGGUUUUCAAAGGAAGGCCACAUUGUUCUUGGAGUGUUAACACGACAACCACUCUUCAAAAAAGCUCCCCGUGGCGACGCAUCGGGAGCAAUCGACGCGCUUGCAUAGCUUUGGGAAAAGAGCUAACGCUUGGAAUGUACAGUGGAACCUCGUUGAAACUUUCCCAGUUCUGGAGUUUUCCCGGCUUUUACGUUCAGAAGCGCCGGUCCGGCCGAGCCCUGGUAGGAACAUGUGUAUUAAUUUCCUGCUUAGUGCAUUUGCUUUCCCGGUUCUUGCGCACAAAAAGCUGCUGGCCGGUUCACAUGAUGGAUUGAUUCGCGGAUGAAUUGAUUGCGUAACGACACGUCCACAGAUCGUGCGCCUCCCAAGAGCAUUUAUACGGAGGGAGCGAAGAGGGACAGCGAGGAUCGACCAAACCACUUAAAGGGAAACCCCGCUUCAUUCUCGGUUGCUAGAAAACACUGCGACUCUCUUUAGUGUCAUCUAGAGAGACCGAAUGUCAAAUUUUAUAACGUAAUACCACCUAAAAGAUCGCUAAACCGGCCGACAAAAACUAAGAUGCGCGAAGUCACCAAAAUUCGCUAAUUUAGCAGGCGACGUGCGGCGCAGCCAACGUUGCAUUUCCAUUGUGGCUGACGUCUGUUGCAUACGCAGUUUUUUUUCUUGGUUUUUUCUUUUCCGGGGAGAGCUGGAAAAGAAAAUACCAAGAAAACAGGUCUGAGCAAGCAAAGAGGCGAGUCAGAAAAAGAGAAAAAAAAAAAAAAUUAACGCGAACAAGAGAAACAAAAAGAGGGAGAGAGAGUUGUACGGGAUCAGACUAGUCGCCUGGGUUGCCGCCUACAUAGCCUGCUUCGUCGUUGCUUGCAUUCCUGUUCGCCGCAGCGGCUAGGCCCGCCCUCCCUCCUCCCUCCUCACCAUUCCCCUCGCAUCCGCGUCUUUGUUGGGUUACCGCUGGUAGAUCACGUGACCCCUUGUAUUCCACAUGGGUGCGUAUGCAACUGACGGUGAAGGUACAAU